AUAUACUACAUUUCUCCUUAUAUUCUCCCUACCUUUUUAACAUAUAUAUUAUUUUCUUUGUUUUUGCAUUUUUUAUUUUUGAUCUUUAUUGGGUUUUUUCAUUGUUAACAUGAAUCAAACUAUAACAAUGGCUAUAAUCAAUAAAUCUCUAAAACGUUGAGUAUAAUUUAUAAUUGAUUGUGUAUGAAAUGACAUACUCUUGUUUGAUUAGAAUAGAAAAUUCUCUUACUACUCCUAAAUCCGAGAUAAGUCUAGAAUUAUCUAGAACAGAAAACUCUCAAGACUCCUACACGAAGGUACAAAAAGCAGAACUCCCCGAAAUAAAUCGAAGCGACAAGACGGUACAAAAACCAGAAUUGUGACAGACAAGUUGAUUAGCUCUAGGGUUUGUCGAAGAAAUCAAUCUUACAAUCCAAUGAAUCCAGAAAAUCCCAACUGGGAAGGACUGCUCAAAUGGAGUCUCUCUCAUUCCGAUGGCACUAAACCCCAACGUCAGCUCAGCGAGGAUGAACGAAAAUGGUUCAUGGAAGCGAUGCAAUCACAGACUAUUGAUGUUGUGAAGCGAAUGAAAGAGAUUACUCAAGUUAUGCAGACUCCUGAGGAUGUUUUAGAUUCUCAAGGAGUUACUCCGGCUGACAUUGAAGAUAUGCUGGAUGAGUUACAGGAACAUGUGGAGUCUAUUGAUAUGGCUAAUGAUUUGCAUUCGAUUGGGGGACUGAGCCCUCUGGUUGGUUAUCUGAGGAAUCAACAUGCCAAUAUACGAGCAAAGGCCGCAGAUGUUGUGACAACCAUUGUUCAAAAUAAUCCUAGAAGUCAACAACUAGUAAUGGAAGUGAAUGGUUUUGAACCACUUCUUACAAAUUUUGCUUCAGACCCUGAUAUGAAAGUACGUACUCAAGCGCUUGGUGCCAUAUCAUCUUUAAUCCGUCAUAACAAGCCUGGUAUUGCAGCAUUUCGCCUUGCAAAUGGUUAUGCUGCACUGAGGGAUGCUCUAAGUUCAGAAAACGUCAGAUUUCAGAGGAAAGCGUUGAAUUUGCUGCAUUACCUUCUGCGAGAAAACCAAUCGGAUUGUGUUGUAGUAGACGAACUCGGAUUUCCAUGCAUCAUGAGGCACCUUGCCUCAAGUGAGGAUGCAUCUGUUCGAGAAGCUGCUCUACAGGGUCUACUGGAACUUGCACGUGCUAAACCUGAUGGGACCACUGGUCAUGUAACGGAUGAGGAUAAUAAAAUGAAGCAACUUCUUGAAGAACGCAUUGGUAAUAUCAGCUCAUUGUCACAGGAAGAGCUUGGGGCAGCUAGGGAAGAGAGGCAACUUGUUGACUCACUUUGGAAUGCUUACUACAAUGAGGCAUCUCCCUUAAGAGAGAAAGGUCUUCUCGUUCUUCCUGGUGAAGAGCAAGAUUUACCUCCACCAGAUGUCGCCAGCAAACACUUUGAGCCUCCUCUUAGAGCUUGGGCUGCCAAACGAGAACCCGAUACCUCUUCUGAGCCUUUGCUUCUAGGUCCUAGUGUUCCGAGUAGUGCUAAUGAAAGUGCGGAGGGUGAUUUCAGGCCGAGAGAUGCUUCUUCAUAGGUGAAACUUUUGCUUGAUUUAGUAGUCAUCAAAUAUAUUGUUUUUGGAUUUAUGUUUAUUGUGAAGUUGACGUUUUUGGAAGUAUAGUGAUCGUGUUUAUAGCAACUGAAAGUUCCAUCUUUUCUUGUUUAAAUCACAGUUGCAGAUUUUAUUAUUAUUAUUAUUAUUAUUAUUAUUAUUAUUAUUAUUAUUA